GGCAAUGGUUGAACAUGUUUAUGACCCUACUGAUUAUUUUGUUGUGUUCCUUAAACAUUAUCCUUUGAUUUGGUGGUCAAUUUUGAAACUCAAUGUUCUAAGGGACAUGGGAUGCUAAGCAGUAUAAUUGUCGGUGUAGGUCUUAUGUUUUCCCAGAGCUUUUUUCUUGCCAUUUAUUGUCUGGUGACUUCCCUUUUAUGUGAUGUUUCUAAUAGUUGCAACGUUGCCUUCUCAGAUGGAUAAUUAUUAUUAGUAGUUGAGCUCCCAUUGUAAAUCUUUUGGUUAUCUCCUCUCCAUUCUCUUUCCCAAUUUUUGUUUCUCUUAAACCAUAUUCUCCUCUCAAACUGGAAUCUACUCUUGACUCACUGUAUUUUCUACUUUAAUGAUUCAAACCUCCAUCUAUCUAAGAGCAAAUCCAUUCUUUCGUCUUUAGAUAGAACUUUGGCUUUGUCUAUUUAUUAGCCUCCUGUUUCUUCUCAUCUUUACUCUCUACCCCUGACCACUCGGCUUCUCUUUCUAAGAAUGCACUGAGGUUUAUCUGGUCAUUUGCCUCCUGUUUUUCUAUUUCUUUUUCUUAAAUCAUUGCACCCUUCUUGAUAAUGUUGAGGUAGGGAUGAUGAUACGUUUGAACUUCAGUCAGAUCAUGGUAGGUUUCUUGUUGAGAUGUAGGUUGUGGGUGAUAGGAAUAUUGGCACAGAAAAACACUGGCAUAACUUUUACAUGAUAGAUUGUUUGCAAACGAUUGUAGGAUUUGGGAAUUUGAAGAUGUUUCUCUGGUGCCGAAACAUUCUACAUUACUGAGGGAAAAAAACCCCAUCUCUAGCAGGCAGGGUUUAGCAUUUCAGUGCCCUAAAUCUAAGACGGAGCUCCGUUCGUUCAUUGUGGUUGAUUGCACAUAAUUUCUCUCCCAGCUCUCAGAUUUACUGAUGGCUUCCUUUGCCACCAGGGCCAUUUUCCGAUCCUCCUCCGGCAAGGCUGCCACUCUUCUGAUCAUCGGAAUCAGGGCAGCUCUGGCUGGUUCACCAUUUUGCAUUGCUUCGAAACAACCUUUCCCUCAGUGCUCUUUAAGGAUCCUUAUUGAAAUGAGCUUCUUCGUGGAAUCCAUGCUUCCAUUCCAUUCUGUAACUUCUUCCACAUUAAGGACUUCGAUGCUUUCUGUUUCUCGCCGUAGUUAUGGUUGGCUUUCAGAAGUGUCUGGCUUGCAAACUCCAUGAUAUAUGAUGAUGAUUGGAAAAGGUUUUGACCACCUGAGCAAAAUAUUCUAUUCAAUUUGACUUGGCGAUCUUAUAAUUUGAAUUUUGUUUCCUCAGGAAGCAUAUGGUUGAUAUUCCCCCAAUAAAUAUAAGUAACAAUUUUGCUGCGACUGCCUCUUAUGUUUCUUCUUGUUACUUGUUAGUGACUUCAAAAACAUUCUACAUUACCGAUGAAUUCUGUAUUUAAAGUAAUGACAUCUCCAAAUCCUGUCUUUACUGCAGGAUCUGGAUAUGUUAUUAACAUUGGGGUUGUGAUAGGCAACCACCUUACUUAAGCAGGGUCUAUUAUAUUGGCUGGACAAUUGGGUUCUUGAGUUAUGACAUUGUGAUAGAUAUGGUUGUAGGUUCUGUCAGUGUUAGUUUGAACCCGCUGGCUCCUUCUUCGAGAGGACCAGGGUUUGGAAGUUCAUUUUUGUUCCAUUUCAUGGAGGAUUAUACAUUAAUUGAUUCUGUGAAAUCCUUGCUCUGUUUGUGUUGUGGACAUAGGAUAUAUUAUUUUUCUCCCAAACAGGAAUAUAAUGUGUUGGAUAUUCCAAUUUGAUUUUAAAGAUAUACUUCAUCAGAGAUUGAGGGUAUCUUCUAAAAUUUAGUCCAACAAUACAAAUUUGGAAAUUUGGAAAUACUUCAAUUUCUGACAAGGCUAGGUAUUUCUCGAAAUAAUUUACCACUAGAUAAUGUAAUGGUGCAUACAAUCUUUUUAAAACCAUACUUUUUGGUAAACAACACGUGUAUAUUAGUUAAGUUAUGCCUGCUUUUGGUAGUGUAAUAAAUUGUUUCUUUUUUAAUUUAUCUCUUCUUUGAGUAUGUAAAUUUAGGAGUGUAGCAACUAUAUUUAUCAUGUUGUGUCAAAUUAGUUUACAAUUGUCAAAAGAGUCAAAGAACAUGUUACCUUUCAUCUGACCACUAGUAGGGUUCAAUAAAGAUGUAUUUGAAACUUUGUAAGAUUAAGAAAUAGAAAUAAAAACUAAACAAAUACAUUUAUUAGCGAUUAUGCAUUAACUUGAUUAAAAAUGGCAGAAAAGAGGGGGGAGAAAGGAAGAUUUGAAAGAUCUAAAGCCCAUAUAUAUAGAACGUUGAACGUCAUCCAAUGAUUAAUCCUCGUUUUCAAGUUUUGCUCCAAAAAGAAAAAAAGUGAGGGCAGAAGACAAGGAAGCCUCUACACCGUUAGCAACAGUCAAAAAGUUUAGAAAAUUCCUAUGCUCCAUUCUGUGAGCAGAUUACCUCACGUACAUCUUGUCUUCUUGUCUCUUGGCUCUAGCUUCUUUUGCAAAUAAGUUUUUAAAGUUUAAAGAUAUUUUUUAUACUUCCAAAAGCCACAAAAUAUAAAGUUUAUUAACAACACUGUGUUAUGAAAGAAAGGAAACAAAUCGAAAUAUUUGUCUCAUCAUUAAGUACAAUUACAAUCAGACACGUUUCAGAUGUAUAUUACCUGUUCUAUUCAAGCUGGAUUGGAAACAAUGUCAAACAACCAACCUUGUACCAUUGCUGGAAUAUCCACUUUUCAAUAUAAAAUGAGUGAAUCAUUUCCUUGUUUUUAUCUUUAAGAUGAAUAUAAAAAUUCAGAUUGGAUUAGCUGUAAGAGGAACUUAAAACAAAGAUGGUUUUGAUCUCAUCGACAUUGCUUAGUAGAAAUCUGUUGCCAUUGAACAUUUGCUCAGAGUUGGACUUUUGAGCAUGGAGUUUUCUUUGUUGUUCUUUGCAGCCAUACUAUUGUCUGGCUCUGUUGUGGCUCAAGUUGAUACUAUUGUUGGGUUUAAUGGAGAUGAGAGAGAUGCGCUAUAUGCCUUGAAGGCAACUUUCAAUGACACUUUCCUUAACAGAAACUGGACUGGAACUCACUGCCACAACAAUCAACCUCCUCUUUGGUAUGGCCUUCAAUGUGUUGAUGGCAGAGUCACAGCGAUAUCAUUGGACAGUUUGGGAUUGGUGGGGAAAAUGAAUUUCAGGGCAUUCAACAAGUUCACUGAAUUGUCUGUUUUAAGCUUGAAGAACAACUCCUUGUCAGGAAAUGUAUUCAGUUUCACUUCCAACCAGAAGAUGAAGACUAUAGAUCUAUCAUUCAAUGCAUUCGAUGGGUCGAUUCCGGUUUCUCUUGUGAGUUUAACUUCAUUGGAGUCAUUGCAGCUUCAAAACAACAGGUUUACUGGUUCCAUACCUGAAUUCAACCAGUCUUCCUUAGCAGUAUUCAAUGUCUCAAACAACAACCUCAAUGGUUUCAUUCCAAGAACAAAGGUUCUUCAAUCGUUUGGUGCCGGAUCCUACGUCGGUAAUCCUGGACUCUGCGGUCCACCCUCUGAUGCUGUCUGCAACUCAAUCAUAAAAGGGUCAAAAGCCACAGCAGCACCUCCUGAUACUAAUAAAGCCACUAAUGAUAAUUCUUCUUCCAAGGCUCAUGUCAUUUUGUUGCUAAUUCUUGUUAUUGUACUUUUUUUUGUUGCUAAUCUAUUGCUGCUCCUUCUCUACUUCAAGAAACAUAGAGAGCUAAAGGAGCUCAUAAAAAAACUAGGCAGUAAUGAAACAAAAGAGAAGAAAAAUGAAAGCAUGACUGAUAUCUCAAUUCAAAACCAACAACCCGCAGAAGCAGCAGCAGCAGAUGAAGGAGGGAAGCUCAUUUUCACGGAGGAGGGAGAAAAUUUCCAACUUGGAGAUCUUCUAAAAGCUUCAGCUGAGGGACUAGGUAAGGGGAUAUUUGGAAAUAGUUAUAAGGCUAUGCUUGAAGGCAGGUCGCCUAUCGUUGUCAAGCGGCUCAGAGAUCUGAAACCAUUAACUGUUGACGAAUUCAUGAAGCAAGUACAACUCAUUGCUAAGCUAAGGCACCCAAACCUGCUUCCACUUGUUGCCUAUUUCUACACCAAAGAAGAGAAGCUUUUGCUCUACAAAUAUGCAGAAAAAGGAAACUUGUUUGAUAGAAUUCAUGGACGCAGAGGUGUUGGGAGAGUUCCGUUCAGGUGGAGUUCAAGAUUGAUUGUUGCUCAAGGUGUGGCAAGAGCUUUAGAAUUUCUCCAUCUCAAUAGCAAGCCAAAUACCAUCAAUGUCCCACAUGGAAACUUAAAAUCUUCAAAUGUAUUACUUGGAGAGAAUGAUGAGGUUCUUGUUUCAGAUUAUGGGUUUGCUUCACUUAUUGCCCUUCCCAUAGCAGCACAAUGCAUGGUUUCAUACAGAUCACCUGAAUAUCAACAAAUGAAAAGAGUAUCAAGAAAAUCAGAUGUUUGGAGCUUUGGUUGCCUUCUUAUUGAACUUUUGACAGGGAAAAUCUCAUCUCACUCAGCACCAGAAGAAUCUCAUGGUAUUGAUUUAUGUGCUUGGGUUAAUAGAGCAGUUAGAGAAGAAUGGACAGCAGAAAUAUUUGACUCAGAAAUAGCUUCACAAAGGUCUGCUAUUCCAGGAAUGUUGAAUCUAUUGCAAAUUGCAAUACAUUGUUCAAAUGUUUCACCUGACAAAAGACCAGAGAUGAGUGAAGUUGCUAAAGAGAUUGAAAACAUCAAACUCAUAGAAAAUGGAGAAGAAUAUAGCUCUUCAUUUGAUAGAUCCUUAACAGAUGAUUCAAUGUCCACUGUUGGCUCUGGGAUUCCAAUGGAUGAGAGAUGAAAGAUGCAAACUACUUCAGUUCAAUCCAAGGUUUUAAAAACUUGUCUUAGCAUAUUGUUAUUGAGAUUCUUCUCUAUUUUAUCAUUUUCUUCUUUAUGUGAUAUGAAUAAUGCAACAAAGUAUUUGUUAUUUCUUAGAUUGUGUGGAUUGGAAAUGCAUAUAUGGUUUUGCUGUUGGACUUUGAUGUUCA